AUGCCAAGAAUACAACUGAAUGCACUAUCUAAAUACUUUCAUGUCUUUCAACGUAAAGUUAACAUUAAUGACUUGAACUACAUGUCACAUCUAGAUCAUGCUUCAGUCAUCAAGAUCAUUCAUGAGGCUAGAGUUGAUUGUUUGCGACAGAUAGGAUUGUCAGAGAGGAAUCUGAUGCCAAAGAAAGGACCAUUCUCUGUUCAAUUGUUGAUUGGUGAUAUCUCUGCACAGUACUUGAAUAAUGGCGAAUUGUUUGAUGAUCUGAUCGUGGAGAGUGGAUUUGGAGAGAGGAGUCGCUGUGGCUUCCGCAUGUGUCAUCGCAUUCGCUCGUUGGUGCCCAUUGGCAGCUCAGACUUUCCCCAGAGCAUUGUCGAGCAUCACGUUGGUGAGACAUUCCAUCUUGACCAGCCGACUGGCGCCACAUUCAAACCAAUCGCCUUGGUAGAGGUGGGCAUGGUUGCCGUCGAUGCCAUCUCCAAGCAGCCAAUCGAACUGCCGUCCACAUUCUUUGAGAAGUUGGGCUUCUCCAAGUCUGAGUUGGAAACACAUCUCACCACCAUGUCUGCCAAUGGCGGACCAUUCAACAACAACAAGAAG